AUCGCCUACGCCCGCGGAUGGGCACGGGUCGGGACGGCGGGAAGUGCGGCGGCGGCUGCCACACCGAGUCAUCUUCUGAGCUGAAUUCGGGCCUUCGGGAUUCCGCUCGCCGCUGGUUGGCAGUCAUUCGUGUUCCGGUGCUGCGAGCAGCUGGUUGAGCCAUUCUGCCUCGUUUCUAGCUGUAUGUGCGGUGGUGUUUGCGUGGUUUCUUUCGGCUUUGGAUGUGUGUUUGCAAGUCUGUUCGAGUUUAGAAAGUUUUGUGCUGAGCAGCCGGUGACGUAGCCGCUUUGUUUUUGUUUUGGUGUUUGGUUUUAUCGCCGUGACCUACUGUGCAAAACGAUUCGAAACGCCGAGAUUCAUUCUGCAGAGCUUCCUUGGUGGAUUUGUUCCAUUUUUCUCGGCAAUGGCAACGCAACUGUUGUGGCUGUGUGUAGCAGCAGCAGCAGCAGCACUGCUGGUCUGCUCGAACCCGACCCACGGCACACCGAUCGACACGGUGACGGCACACAACCCGCUGCCCGUGCCAACGGCCACCGAUGGUUCGGCCGGGCUGGAGUCGCUCCUCCCGACCAAGGUGACCGAGGUGGCGAGCGGCACCACCGAAACUAGCAAGAUGUCCCGCUUUCUCGACGACUUCACGUCCGCCUUCAAGCAGGGCACGGCCAAGAUGAAGGAGAGCCUGGAGAGCGCCGCCAGCUCGGUAAAGGACGGCGUGAUGCAGGGGUACGACUACGUGCGCAGCAAGCUGACCGGUGGUGGCGCCGGGCCCGACCCGUCCACCCCGACCGCACCGGCCGACGACGCCGCCAGCAAUGCCACCUCCUCAACCACCUCGACCGCGUCGGCCCUCACCGCCCCGGUCGUCCCAUCAACCGUGCGGCCAGCAAUCAGUGGCGGUGCCGCCGGCCUGUCCGACGCCGCCGCCAUCGGCGUGUCGAACGAACCGGCCCGCAUCGUGCCGAACGACGACGAGGACGACGAGCGGAUCUUCUUCAACGACAAGGACUACACCGCGGUCAAGCCGCUCGACGGCAGCGAGGACGAGCGGGACGUCACCGAGUCCCCGGUCACGACGACCGUCGCCGUCGACAACCGGUUCAUCAUAGCCGGGCCGCUCGCGUGCAAGAGCGGGCAGGAGGUGGUCAACGGGAAGUGUCGAAAUGUGUUCUGAGCAAACGCAGUGCAAGUGGCGAGUGGUGGGGGGGGGGGGGGGGAGGGGGAGGGGCGCUCCUCCAUUCAAUCCUCCUCCGUUUCCCUCUUUCCUACGAUGGUCCCGUCGCGUCGACGCCUCGAAACUGUCCGUUGGGGAGUGAUGAUUUGCAUUCACGGAUGCCCUUGUAUCGGGGAUGGAGAGGGGGUUUGUGUGAUUCCCACCCUUGCUUCUCUAUCCCACAGAAACCCUCCCACUCUGUCUCUCUUUCUCGCCCACCCUCUUUCCACCCCUCCCCCCCCCCUCUACCCCUCUUACCUAGAGCGCCAUUUCGUUAGGAAGUGUGAUUUUUUAAUUUAAUUCUAUUACCGCUAAUACGCGGCCGACGCGCGUUUGCUUGCCACACGGCACACACACACACACACUGUGCACGGUGAAUGAGCUAACGCAAGACGCUGAAGAAAAAGAACAAAAAAAAGGAAAAGAAAAAAAAAGAAAAAUAAAUCCCCACACGGUGCUUGGGUGGUUUUUUCUUCUUCUUCUGCUGGAGGUGUUGGAGACUUACCGAGGUAGCAGCAGCAGCUCCGUGCGGAUGGGACAGCAGACGCACGGUGCACGCCAGAAGAACACAUAAAAGGGAAAGGAAAUAAAUUUCAUUUGAUUAGCAAACGGAACAAUUGGUGUGGAUCAUCUGUGCCCUGUGCCCGUUGAAAGAUAUAAUAGAAUAAGGAUAGGGAGAUUGAAAGAGAGGGAUAGAGAGAGUGAGAGAGAGAGAGAGAUAGAGAGAGAGAGAGAGAGAGAGAGAGAGCAUGACGGCAGAUCAUAAAAAGGUAAGCAAGUGGCGAAUAGUUUCCCGCGAUCAAUUAGAUCAGAGAUGUCAAACUGGUGGCCCGCGAUCGAUUGAGCCAACAUUUAUUUGUAGAUGCGUUUCUGCUUCUACAGUACGCAUCACUCUAUUCCGAACACCUGUCAUAAAACUUUGUCGGUGUUGUUAUCCUACCUUGUUUCUAUACCUCGGGUGUAUCCACCAAAUUAGAUAAGAAAUUCAAAAACUGUUCGAGUUAUAGAGGAAAAAUAAAAAUGUUUAUUUUGAUGAAAAUGAGCAUUCUGAUCCGGAAAAGUUUACAAAAAAUGGACAAAAAAAAAAUCAAUCAAACCUAUGUUAUACCCUUUCCGACGAAUAAAUUUGUAAGUAACAAAUAUUUGAUGAUAGCAACAACUCGAAUUUAGGUUUCAAAUGCAUACAAAAUCGUAAAAUUCCGGAAGUAUCGUACUCAUGCUGUAUGCCGGGUUGGAACCUUACUCUUUUUCAAUCAAUCAAGGUACUUGGUGACCUAAGCAAACAAUUUCUAUUAGAAAAAUAAAUGGAAAAAAUAACAAAAUCGCUAAACCAACAGAUACUAAGGUAAACUAUAGCUGAGCUUAUGACUAUGAUUUGGUCGCCAUAAUCAACGAGGAAUUCUAUGGACAUUGGCCUGAAGAGAGUACCAGCUGCUAAGGAUUUGUAUGACACUUUGCUCUCCUCGGCUAUCAAAUCAAGAUUUCUGAACUUGGCUGGCCGAACCGACUUGUAGUAAUUUAUGGACCUUGGACAGUAUCAAAAGUAAGAGUUCACUAUUUCUAACGUACGUAAGUGCAGUUCACAACCGAUACUCGCUCAAAAAUAUUGAUAAUCAUAACCAGUUUUAGCAAUUAUUUUUGCGUACUAAAUCUUGGAAAAUAUUGGAAAUUUUGGACUUAAGGUUCGAAAUAGCAGAGACCAAUGGUCAAUUGAAAAUAUGCUGCUACAGUUUUAGUUUUACAUCAAAAUUUUAACUAUUGUAACGUAACUGCAAUCCCGAAAUGAAAUGUAAAGAACUACUAACGAUCUGAUUUUUGUAUCAUUUAAUAUACAGGUGUCCCCCGAGAUACGACUGUAUUUGGGACCGAAAAAAUCUCCUAAAGCAAGGCGUAAGUUGAAAUAGUCGUAUGUCGAAUAUCUGUGAAUAUAAAGUUUAUAACCGAAAUUGAAGAGUCGGAAUCUAUGAAAUCGUAUAUUUUAUUAAAAAUAAUGUACGAUAAUGUAUUAAUAUUCCCCCAAAAGCCGUUUACACGACAUAGAUAUUCAAGAUCGGGGUGUUGUGGAAUCUGAGGAAACAUGUUUGUAACGGAUAUCUGCACAGAAAUUUUAAAAAAUAUAUCAAUUUCGUCUCAA